CAGAUAAGACACCUGUCACACUUGUGCUGCUUCCUUCUCUGUCUGCAACAGCGAGAGCUCUCCUGCGCCUCCGUAGCAUGGCAAUGGGGCGCCGUUUGCUUGGAUUAUGUGCCUUUUUCUUCUUUUACGGAUCUCUCUCAGCAGAGUCCACGUGCAAGCUGAAGGCCAAGUUCAACCUGAGCGGCUACAAGAAUGUGGAGAAGAAGAAAGUGGUCAUCGGGGGGAUGUUUCCCGUUCACAUGCGCAUCGCCUCCAACGACGGCAACACUUCGAGGCUGCCUGUCUCCUCGGGGUGUGAAGGGUUUAACUUCCGUACCUUCCGCUGGACCCAGACCAUGCUGUUCGCCAUCAACGAAAUCAACAAGAGGCAAGAUCUGCUGCCCAACACCGAUUUGGGCUACGUCAUCUACGACUCCUGCUUCACCAUCUCCAAGGCUGUGGAGGGCACGCUCACCUACCUGACGGGCCAAGACGAGGCCGUACCCAACUACCGCUGUGGGGACGGGCCUCCUCUGGCCUCUCUAGUGGGCGCCGGGGGCUCCGAUCUUUCAAUCGCCACCGCUAGGAUUCUUGGACUCUAUCACUUCCCUCAGGUCAGCUAUUCUUCAACUUGCUCUGCCUUGGAAAGUAAGUUCCAGUUCCCCACCUUCCUCAGGACCAUUCCCAAUGACAAGCACCAGUCUACGGCCAUGGCCAAGCUGGUGCUUCACUUCGGCUGGACUUGGGUGGGCACCAUAGCUGCCGACGACGAUUAUGGCAAGUAUGGCAUCAAAGACUUCAAGGAGCAGGUGGAGGAAGCUGGUGUCUGCAUCUCCUUCUCUGAGACCCUACCCAAGGUGCACUCCCCAGAGGACAUCCAGCGCAUUGUUGAAACUGUAGUCAAGGCCACAGCCAAGAUCAUCGUGGUCUUCUCAUCAGACGUGGACUUCAGUCCUCUCAUCUCUGAGCUGCUCCGGCACAAUGUGACGAACCGCACCUGGAUAGCCAGCGAAGCCUGGGUCACCUCCGCUCUUGUCUUGAAGCCAGGGGUGAGCUCGUUGCUGGGUGGUACCCUGGGCUUUGGGGUGAAAAGGGCUCAGAUCCCUGGUCUGCGGCAGCAUCUGCUGAAUCUGGACCCCUAUGAUGACCCGCUCACUGAGGAAUUCUGGGAGACGUUGUUUAACUGCACGCUGGACUACAGCAAAGCUCUGAGGCAGGCCAAACAAAGAGCCAAGGAGACCAACGGCACACUGUCAAGGGCGGCGAGGGCGGUCCCUGAUGGGCUGUGUACAGGGCGCGAGAAUCUGGCACAGCUCAAUAACACCUACUCCGAUGUAUCCCAGUUACGAAUCACUUACAGUGUGUACAAAGCAGUGUACGCUGUUGCCAACGCCUUGCACAACCUGGAGCACUGUGAACCGGGACGGGGUCCGUUCAACGGGAAAGACUGUGCUGACAUCACCGACUUUGAGCCAUGGCAGCUGAUGUACUACAUGAAGAACGUGCUUUACACAGUGCCGCACACGGACGAAGUAAUCUACUUCGACGAGGGAGAUGUAGAAGGCUACUAUGACAUCCUCAACUGGCAGUUCAACAGUAACGGAGAGAUAUCCUACGUCACUGUGGGACGCUACAACGGCUCAGCAGCCCCAGAGAACGCGAUGACCAUCAUGAACGACUCCAUAGUGUGGAACAAUGACAUGUUGGAGCCUCCUCGGUCAGUGUGCAGUGAGAACUGCCAGCCGGGCACCAGGAAGGGAAUCCGGCAGGGAGAGCCAGUCUGCUGCUUUGACUGUAUCCCGUGUGCCGAUGGAGAGAUCAGCAACUCAACCGAUGCUCGUGAAUGUAUCCUGUGCAGUGAAGACGAUUGGUCCAACGAAGCCCAUGAUGCCUGCGUGCCAAAAAUCAUCGAAUUCCUGGCCUUUGGAGAGCCCCUGGGGAUCACUCUCAUUGUCAUCUCGGCCUUCGGAGCUCUCGUCACCAUCGCAGUCGGGGUGGUGUUCAUUUUGAACCUCGGCACUCCUCUGGUGAAAGCCAACGAUCCUCUGUUGACUUUCUCGCUGCUCUUCUCGCUGGUGGUGACCUUCCUCUGCUCCAUCGUCUUCCUCGGAGAGCCCCAGAACUGGAGCUGCAUGACCAGCCAAGUGGCCCUGGCCCUGGGCUUCGCUCUCUGCCUUUCUUCCAUCAUGGGUAAGGCAGUAGUGUUGAUGCUGAGAGCUCAGGCUCUUAAAAAGGCUCGCACCCGAAGCAAAGCAGCUGCCAAAGCUGCGAAGGCUGCAGCUGAGGCAGCAGCCAACAGCGGCAAUCCCGACGUCAUUGUAACGAACACGAAUGCAAACAACAACAACAACGAAGCCAACAGUGGCCAAAACCCUGAAGUUGACCCGCUCACCUUUGGCCACCAGAGGGCGAUAGCUGCUGUGAUGACACUGAUACAGGCUAUCGCGUGCACAGUGUGGCUCAUCGUCCUCCCUCCUCAACGGAUCAAGAACACCUCGUCCCAGAAUAUAAAGAUCAUCCUCGAGUGUGACGAAGGCUCUGUGGUCUUCAUCUGUUGCAUCUUCGGCUAUGACAUCCUGCUGGCUCUCGUGGCCUUCGUCUUUGCCUUCAUCGCCCGCAAACUCGAGGACUACUUCAACGAGGGGAAGUGUAUGACCUUCGGCAUGCUGGUCUUCUUCAUAGUCUGGAUCUCCUUUGUCCCGGCUUACCUCAGCACACGGGGCAAGUUCAUGGUCGCCGUCCAGAUUUUUGCCAUCCUGGCUUCCAGCUUCGGCAUGCUGACCUGCAUCUUCCUGCCCAAGUGUUACGUCCUCCUGGUCAAGCCUGAACGCAACACGGAGGAGAUGAUGAGGCCACGGACCAAACCACGAGACGGCACCUCGACUGGCACCUCGGCCUCGCUCGCCACGGCCGCUACUGAGGUCCAAGCUACGUCGGCGACCGCUGGGAUCGAUGAUUAGCGGAGCAUCGCUAAGAACUGCUUUGAGCCACAUCACUGAAUGUAGAUGGAGGAUGUGCCACUGCUUCGUUUGGCAACUAGUCAGCUGAUUAGGGUUGUUAUUCAUAUUUAUAUUACAUAUCAUCACGUUUGGUCUCAAUUAAUAGACAAACUGUGUCGUUUACAAAAUAUUUGGCUGAAUAUUUCAAGCUCAGGUCAACUGCACCUUUUUCAUGCAUAGUGUAGGUUUGAUUUCAAGAAGCAAUGAGGAAAGAAAACUGCUACCUCAACAAUUAGUCUCAAAAAUGCUUUUUACAAAAGAAUUCUGCUAAAACAUAUUUUAACAAGUUCAGACUGUUAACGUCAAAGCUGCUGUUGUUUCAGUCAUGCUAGUGGGAUCAAGAUUAAGGCAACGUUUACCUCAGAUAUUAUACUGCUGCACUUCUAGCUGAAAAUCAGUUUCCAGCAUAUCCUUCGAUUUCCAAAAUGUCACUUUGCUUCCUGCCAAAAUAUUUGUAGAAAUCAUUUCAAAUACAGACUUACAUUUCUUUGACUAUAAUAACCUGCCAAUAUAAAACAUAAUCCUGUAACUCUGUUGGUUUAUUAACUUUCCUACCAUUACAAUAAAUAUUAUUUUCAGUCACUUUAA